CUAGAAUUCCAACGGACAACAAGAACACUAGAGAACCCACCACCCUGCCGCAAACAAACAAACAAACAAUCAACACCCUUCCUCGGAAAGAAAGGAAAAACCAUACACACAUUCUCCCAGCCAGUUUCUGACAGGAUCCCCGACAUCUCGGUUAUUCCAAAGUAAAACACCUUUUCAACACAGGGAAACAAUUUACACCGCUGCUGAAUCCAUUGAACGCUCUCCCCUAAUCGCGUACUUCAAGUUCAACCCAAGGAAUCCUAUAUAUUGAAUCGAUAUAACCCGCAAACUCUUAUUUAUUUUUUCCUCAUCGGCCAAAGACAGGCGUGAUGAGUGGCUCAAACUCAUACAGACCAAGACAUUCACAUCCGAUCAACGGUUUGUCUCUGAUCCCACAACAUGUCCUUAAUUCGAACCGGAACACCCCAUCUCCGCGUCUCAGUCGUCCAGCAAUCGAUCCAUUCAAGGCGUUUACUGCUAACGAUCUCGACGGUUUUGUCGAUAGUAUUACUAGCAAGAUUCGCAACGCUCUCUUGGGCAACUCCUCAACCGAUCCCCCACAGCCUCAAACCAAGACUCAUUCCUCACGUUCUAGCGACGUAUUUGGCAAGUUAGAAUCCAUCCAAGCUUCUAAUCAAUCCAACCUCGCUCCUCGACCGGGCCCCUCUGGCUCUAAAAACCAAUCUGCGGGAGAUGGUCUCGAUGAUACCGUUUCUGAUGAAGAGAGUAGUGACAGCCAUGUUGAAAAUAGCAUUCAACCAAAACUCAAAACAGAUACCCACAUUGUUAUUGACUCAGACGAUGACAACCUAGCAUCUUCUCCUCGUGGCUCUCAAAUUGUCCAGAAUCAGACCAGCCAGAUUUCCCAAAGCGACUAUUCUGACGGCGAUCCAGAUUCGGAUGAUAAAGACAUCCACUCAGAAUCAGAUGAUCAAAGCUCAGAUUCCCCAAACGAUCGCCAUCCCGCUUCUCAAGAUCUUAGUGCUUCCAGUACCUCAUUCCUCAACGAUAAUCAUUCACACGAUUCAGAAGAUAUGGUUUCAAUCGAUGGCUCUAUACAUGGAAGCAUCUCUAAUUCAAUCUCUGCUUCAUCGGAUUCUCUAGAAAUUUCAACUGGACCCAAGCCUCCUGGAGAGCAAGUCCGUGAAGAAAUAGAGGAGGAAGCUCACGCUGUUUCAGAUUCUUCGAGCAUUGUCUUUCAAUCACGUCCUUCAACAUCAAAGCCAUCAGUUUCCAAGCAACCCUUCUCUCCAGGUGCUGGAUCAUCUCAUGAAAGGGAAAAUAAUAUAUAUCAUGAAGAUGACGAUUUUGAUGGUAUGGAGGAGUCUGGAGAAGAAUAUGAACAGGAUGAAGAUGACGAGGAAGAUGCUGAUGAUAAUGAUGAUGAAGAUCUUGAAGUUGAUGGCGAAGAUGAAGGUUUUGACAUUGACAGUGCUGUUGCUGAUAUUGAUGUGAAUGUUGAUGGAGAGGCGGUGGGUCCUACAAGGUUGGCGAAGAGAGAACUGGAAGACGGGGAGAUCGAAGAGGGAGAAUUGGAAACCGAGGAGAAUCGAGACCAUAAUCCAAGGGAUAAUCCCGAAAUGCUGCCCGCCGGGGAUAUUUUGGUUGAUGCCCCUUUCACUUUGGUUCAAGAAGACCUUGAUCAAAAUAUUCAUCCUGAUUUCAGACCAGAAUCGACCGAUGUGGAUAAACAAAAAGAUGAUCAUUCCUCCAAGAUUCUUGAUCAACCUAGCGGCACCAAGCCUCUUCUCUUGCCUGCGCUCGAGAAUAAAAAACUAUCACGCGUGGGAAGUUUCUCUGCCGAUGGUGCAAUGAUGUUUCGGCCGUCCAGUGAAAGUUCGGUGGAUCUUGACUCUGAUCAAGGAGACGAAGACGCGCAAGAUGUCGACAAGACACAAGCUCCCGGUGAUGUUGAUGGUUCGCCGAUAAUCGAUCAUGAUCCUCUUGUCUCUGAUCAAUCUCAAAAUUCACCUUCGAUGGUACUUGACCAAUCCCAGCCUCAAUCAUUCUAUCGCCCUGAAUUCCAUCUUUCUGGGUCGGAAUUAGUCCAAGAUGAGCAUUUUCUGCCAAUCAACUCAUCGUCCGAGCCACAACAAGGCUCCGAUCGAGCUACCGCGGAAAAUCCAUUGUUGCCUGUUGAAACCAUUGAACACCAAGAUGCCAACCCUAAUCUGGACGGGUCCCCACAAGCUGUCUCGCCUACAUUUGGCCCUCGCGAAGUUCAAACCGCAUCGAACAUAACCGACAAUCCCCCGCAAGAAGAGCAAAUCGAAGAUGAUAAUGACUUGUUCGAGGGCGAUGAAGAUUUGAGAUUGCAUAAGCUCGGAGUCGAUCAAUCGCGAUUGCAUAGUCUAAACGAAGAUGAGGAUGGAACCCUGCCGACUGUUGCUCCUUCUGGGGAAGUUGAAGAUCGGUUCUCAACAAUCGAAAGGCAGUUUGAAAACUUCAUCGCACGUACCGUCGAACCACAACUUUCCGCGAUGGAAGAGCAGACUCAGGGAACUGUUUGCGAACUUCCUGUAUCGUCGACUGCUUGUGAUAGCAAUGCGAUCACCAUCAGUCAAUCCGCUGCUGUUCAAAUUGUGGUGCAGCAACCUUUAGAAACUGACAGCCACGUUGUGGAUAAUGCUGUCGACUUAACCGGUGCCCAAGACACUCACACUACCAGUGCUGAAAUUACCCGGCAAGCAAUCGUUGUUGCGCAAACCGAAGAUACCUUCAUUAGCACUGUGGAAGAUGCUCAAUCUCGCGCCUCGCCAGGUGGUCAAGAUGAUCCAGCUCGGCCUUCACUUGACCUCCUGUGGGGAGAACUUUCACCCACAAAUGGCGUCACCCAGGCGACGGAAGAAAGCGGAAUGAACGAAGUAAAUUUUUUCCCUCUGAAGCAGUCUGAUUCGGAAAUUUUCAAUUCGAGUUCUUGGUCUCCCGCCCUCUCUACCAACGUUUCAUCUAACGCAGAUCACACGAGCGCUCAGCUAUACGGUUCUACUGACAUGAAGUAUUCAAUAAUUCCACUCACACUUUCUCAGCGUUCCAACUUUCGGCAAAGUAUCAAUCUCGAUGAAGAUGUGGAAGCAUCAUGUGAAGCAACCAACGAUGGAUCUACUGAUAUGAACCUUCCAUCAAACAAUGGCCCCCAGGCGCAAUUGUCGCCAUCUCAUGAUCAAGACGAUUAUGAUAUGUUGGCGUCUAGUCUCAUAGACGGUAACUCAGAUGUUGUCCCAGCAGAUCCCGAUCAGAAUACUGACAAAGCUGUCGGCAAACAAGAUAUAGAAGUGCCGUCUGAAGAAAAUUUGAAACUUGCCCUCGCUGACAAGGCCCAUGAGAAUAAUCCGCAAGAUGAAAAACCUCAAAGUGGUAACCAAUCUGUUCCACAAGAACUGGGUGCUGAUACCAACCCAUUCGAUGAAUCUUCUCAGCUUGCACUUCUGCCUUGCAAAGGCUCCAUCCGCCCCCCGUCGCCCCCCAAAGCUUCGGACAGCACCAUGGAUGAAGCUGAUCUACUGCUGUCCCAAUUCAUAAACUGCAGCCCUGACACGGUGGACGGCCAAAAUCUAAAUGAUCGACCGGCACCUGCUUCGCCAACACCCAGUGCGGCUGUAGUGCCGGCAGUCACGUUUGCUACUUCCCCGCCGGCGGAAAUGAACCGUUUUGAAGGAUUUGAUUAUCAAAAUGGCGCCGAAGACGCCCAAUUAAGCGUUAUGUUGAAUGUCGAACAACCGCUUUCAGCGUUCGAACCUCAGACACCGAGGACGAGCACUACCUUAGGACAAGGAACUUCGUCUGAAUCCUCGGAAAGACAUUUAUCAAGGGGCUCAGCCUAUUCUGCGCCUUCAUCAGUGAUCUCAAGUGAUACAGCUUCAGUGCCAGCGUCGGUUGCGCCACCACCGCCUUUGCAUAACGCGUCAAUGGGUGCACCUACUGAAGCUGUUGGCUUGUCCAAUCAAAUGACGCGACGCGCAUCAAUUGACUCCAGCACCCAUGCCGAACCGCCAUCACCUUCAACCUCCACUCGACAUCGCAGCGCCCCAAUAACUCAAGAACAAGUUAAUGCACCAGGGCUGCCGCAUAUGGAGGCAGCAGAAGUCGCAUCUUCUUCCUCGAGUGAUCUACCGGACCCCCUUCGAUCCCCGCCUCCCCUCAAUCAACAAUUGAUCCCCAUUCGCCCGGCUGAAAUCAACACCCCGGUCUCACGAGCAUCAAGUAUGGUAGCUCAUCCCCCAUCGCCCUCCUGCUCUAAUCUCUUAGAAGGAUCUCACAUGUCUAUCGGUACAUCGCACCGAGAUGCGUCCCCACAAUUUGAUGCGAGGCUUUUAUUACCUGAUCCGAUAGCAACCCCUCUGCCUGUGUCGAUCCCAGCGAUCAAACUUGAAGAUAUCCCCAACGAUUGCUUAUCACUCGAGCGGCACCAUUCCAUUAAUUCCAGCGCUGCUAGCCAACCGGCAACUUCCCCACGUUUUGAGAAAUUCUCAUCAUCAAUGAUUUCUCCAGCGAUUCGGGGUCCAGAUGCCUUGAUAGAGAAGAAUGUACAGGCCGUCGGUGACGUCAAUAGCUCUGAUACCAAAGCAGGUUCGGAUUCUGAUACCAAAGCGGUUUCGCCUGCUAAUAUUGCCAUCCAACUCGAUCGGCCCGAUGGUUCCAUCUCGCCCCGUGACAGCAAGGUGCUCGAAGCGGAUAAGCGAAGUGAGGAUUCCCAAGGACCUCCCAUCCCAGUCAUGAAUCCACAGGCCCCUCAAAGUCAAUUCGCAGAGCAUGCGAAAGACGGCGAGGUCACCAACCAGGAAGAAGUUUCCAAGGUGUCGAAUCCAUCGCCUCAUACACCAUCCAAAAUGCCCAUUGCGACGCCUGAGCCGGCUUCUCCCUUGGUUGGUGACCAUGUGGGCUCUGUAGAGGUCAAACAAGAUUUAACCAUGGGGGAAACAUCAGCUGUUUCGCCAGAUGUUCACCAAGAUCGAGCCAUCAAUGGGGUGGCGAACCCUACCGCAGAUGCCAAGCCAGAUUUCAAGGUAGACUCUGUUGAAGAUGCCAAGCGAGACACAGUCGAUAAGAAAAAGGUAGACCCGAAGGCAGAUGCUAAGCCAGAUCCACUUACCACCGAGGCCCAAUCUCAACUUGGCCCAACCACCCGCAACAAACGCAAAAGACAAAGUGCACCGGAGGAUCCAAGUGGGACCGCCCCUUUGCAAGAGAUCAACGCGGAAGAGCAGGCGGAACAAGAUCGCGAAUCGCAGUUGCGAGAAAUUCUUAAGAAGCGAAGAGCCUCCAAACAGCUGACUCCCCAAACAGUCCCUCAGCCAAAGAGUCCGAAAAAAAAGACCAGCCCGACAACACAGUCCAUCGAAACCAAGAAAAAGAAAAAAGUGGUCAAGAGAGAAGCCAAGCCCUCAAAAGGCGACGGUCAUUCAGAGGGCGAAAUUGAGCCCAACCUUGCAUCUGACGCUGCUGAAGUUGAGUCUAAAGGACUUCCGACUCGAAGCAGCCUGCCGCGUGCUGCAAAGAGAUCGUCGAUGGCGCCGAACAGCCUGGCUCCACCGGCUCUACUACGAAGUCCUUCGAAUGCCACAGCGCGAUCUGUGUCGCCUGGGCUGCCUCCGUCCAGUCCACUGAACAUUAACGUCGGUGAAGAAUCUUCCAAUUCUCUCCUAGUUUCUGAGCACGAUGAUCUGUCUCUUACCGUCGGUAAUAGAAGGUCUUCGAGCAACUCUCGAUCGACCGCCAGUCCUAUUCCGCCCGCCAGCACAGUCUCGGUCAUGGUACCACCCCUACAGCCUGAGGAUAUGCUUCCUAAACUACGCCUUCAUCAGCAUAACUCGAAAAACAAGUUAUUCGGUCUGCAAGCCAAUCACCCAACUCUGGAAAGCUCACAGCAGAAUAGUGGAGAUGGGACAGAAUCCAAACCGGUUGUUGGAGCACGUACCGGUAAACGCAAGCAGUCUGAGGGUAAUGAGGCUCGUCAAUUACCACCUUCUUUACCACCGGUUACUCGAUCGCAUUGUCAUUUCAUCAGAUUAAAGUUCCCCACGACUGCCGAACGAAGAUUUGAUACCUUCCUGGUCCCUCAAUGUGCAACGGGCGAUGAGGUGAUCAAGAAGAAGAUGAAACAGUUUGAGAUGGUUGAGGAUGAUAAUCUGACGGGAGAAGAACAGAGUAGAGGGGUCCGGAUUGGACCUGAUGGGCGCAAACAUUCCGAGGCAAGACUCGAGCAUCCGAUGCUAUUAAGUCUCAAGCCAGAGUGUUCGACGUUUGCGGUUGAUGACGAGACGUUGAACAUCCUCAUCGAUGUCUUUGGGCUAUGGUUGAUCCAAGACGGCCAGGUUGAAGUCUUGUUACCCAAGGCAUUUUUCAGCAGGUUCGAUGAUGAAGAGGAGCUAGACGAGCGGGAACGAGAGCUGAGCUUUUCGUCCUUCAGUUCCUGGAACGAGCCCCAUCUUUCUCAACGAGGUACCAGUCAAGCUAGUACAUCUAGGAGCAGCCAUAAUCGACUCAAACGCAGGGCUCAGUCUCCCUCCUCUUCUUUGCCCUCUAGAGCCUCCUCCCCUCGCUCUUCUUCUUUUCUUUCUCCUAAUGAAGCCAAGACUCGUCACAAACGUAGAAGAUCAAAUCAAGUUGAAGAGAAUUGAUAGAUGGAAAGUCCCCUCCACAUCCGUUGAGAACUCCCCCCUCCCCCCCCUUUACUCUAAUGAUCUAUUUCUCAAACUCUUCAUACUAUACUGUGUAAUACUGAAAAGUCUUUUUUUCUGUCUUCUUUUUUUUGUAAGUGUACCUACA